AUGGUGCUUGCGCGCCUCCUAGCGGUCCUGUUUGGCGCCGCCAUUUGGGAGUCGUCCUUGACGACGGCCGCCCUAGCAACGAACGACGUGCACCUUCCGGGCGAGUCCGACUUCCACCAGCAACGUGAAGGCGCCAAGUCGGCCUACCCGACGCCCUCCUCCAUCGUCACGUACCACAUCGAGCACGAGCAAACCGAGUUAGCCGCCCGUCGCUACUUGGCCACGCUGAACGACUCCGAAAUCCACCGACUUCCGGCCUGGUGCAAGCCGUGCAACGCGUCCGUGCUGCAUUACUGCCGCACGUCCGACUUCCUCAACGAUCAUUGUUGCUGCGAGUAUUCCCACACCAAAGAGCAACUGCCAUGGAUGCCACACACCUGCCUGCGUCAGUUGGACGAACGCUGCACGGCGAACGCCGGAUCCUGCAGCAAGUACCGUGCGAUCAAAGAGUGCUGCUGCGAUCGCCUCACGAAGCUCGAAUAUAAAACCAAAUUUUCGACGGCGGCCAGUUCGGUACCAUUCCAUUCUUGGUUGCUUCUACUGAUCGUUGGCGUUCUACACACAGCCGUUACCCACCGGCUCUACCCUAGCGAAAGUUAG